UAGCGCUCUGGUACCGGUCAGUCGUUGCCUUUGCGUUCAACAGCCACAUUUCAAACUAGAAUGGCGACAGCUCUCUGCGGUCUGCAGUCUACCGGCAGUAACAGUAAACCGAAAACACACCGAGAGCAGCGGAGGAGAGUCAAGGACUCCAGAAGGAGACAGGCGGCACUAUUGUUCCUCAAUAAUAUCUCACUCGACGGACGGCCCCAGUGUCAGUUAAACGAUGGGAAUACCGACCAAAGAGCCGCCGAGGAGCACCGACUUAGGGAGAGAGACGGCAGCGCAACGGUCGUGCCCUCGCCGGCGGAUAACCAAGGACCGGUCGCACAGGUGACAGAGCCCAUCGCAGCCGGCAGUGGCUCGUCCUCCAGUUUUCCCGGGGUGGUUACUCCUACCCGACCUUCUUUGGUAAUGUCUCCGGGACCUGCCGGGACAAGUGUUGUGGGGGCCAAUGAGGUAUUUUUGGAAGGUGGCAGUGCGGCCGAGUCGCUAACCCCGGACACCCCUCUGUCUCCUUUGCCCACCGGACACCAACCCUGCUCCCGUGUCAGGUCAACGCCCGCCGCGCUGAGCCCGGUCCCGGCCGGUAAUUCUCAGGAUUCACGGCAGAGGUUGAGGAAUGUCUCUGGUUCUCCUGGACCCAAGGUGCCAAAGAAAGUCCACUUCAUCAAGAGUAUGAGGCAGUACGACACCAGAGGAUGCAGGAUCAUGCUGAUUUGUGCCAAGCGGUCGCUAUAUGCUGCUUUCUCAGUGCUGCCCUAUGGAGAGAGUGCUCACCUCAGUGACCCUAAGCUGGAGGCUCAGAGACAAAGGCUGUCCUCUGUGGUGGCUGCUGACCUGCUUCCCUCCUUGGAAGGAGUGGAGCUGGGCACCUAUGGCAAAACGGUGUCGUAUGCUCAGUUCCUUUAUCCGACCAAUGCCCUGGUGAGGCAGAAGAGCGGCAGCGUGCCAGAGAGCUGCGCCGCCCAGACUCCUCAGUCGCGUUUCCGUGGCAACGGGCAGAGGAACUUCACCCUGGCUCGUCUGAACAACAGCGUGGCACAGGAACCAAGCACAGAGGAGGUGACGGAGUACGACCCGAACCUGCUCAGUGACCCCCAGUGGCCCUGUGGGAGACACAAGAGGGUGCUUAUAUUUGCAUCAUACGUGACGACUGUUAUUGAGUAUGUGAAACCAUCAGACCUGAAGAAGGACAUGAAUGAGACUUUCAAGGAGAAGUUUCCUCACAUUAAACUGACACUGAGCAAGAUAAGAAGCCUGAAGAGGGAGAUGCGUGCAGUGAGCGAGGAGUGCAGUCUACAGCCAGUCACCAUAGCGAUGGCCUUUGUUUACUUUGAGAAGCUGGUGCUGCAGGGUCGCCUCAACAAGCAGAACAGGAAGCUGGUGGCGGCGGCGUGCGUGCUGCUGGCUGCAAAGAUCAGCAGCGAUCUGCGGAAGCCAGAAGUCAAACAGCUCAUUGAUAAGCUGGAGGAGCGUUUCCGUAUAAACAGGCGGGAGUUGAUCCCUCUGGAGUUUCCGGUGCUGGUUGCCCUGGAGAUGGGACUUUACCUCCCUGAGAGCAAGGUCAUGCCGCACUACCGCAGACUGGUGCAGCAGGGUUAGACUGGAGGUGAUCGAUGUCUGGUGACACUCCGCUGGUUUCAUUAAUAACACCAGCAAGUGUGUGUGUGUGUGUGUGUGUGUGUGUGUGUGUGUGUGUGUGUGGUGUGUGUGUGUGUGAGUGUGAUAUGAAUCAGAGCUGACUGAGUGUGUGUGUGUGUGUGUGUGUUGGAUCGACCAGUUAAUAAGCUGUUGUGUUUGAAACAAAAUAAUUCUGGUACUAUUUAUUUCCCGUCAGUCGUGGCUCGAGUCACUCUCUGUAUAUGAAGAAUAACUAGUUUACACUCGGUGGUGAAUAUUUUAGACUUGAUGGCAUGUGCGUCUACCUGAAUGUCUUUUUAAGCGUUUGUACGUGUUGACGUUCUGAUGAGCUCUACGUUAGAGAUGUUCGACGAGCACGUUAAUUGUGCUUUUAAUUUCAGUUUCUCAUGACCCGUGUGUUUUUGAUGGUACGUCUUGGUAUUCUCCAACUGUUUUAAAUUGAUUGUAUGCUGUGAUGUUUGUGUUUGUGGAAAAAAAAAAUCUUCACUUGCACCUUUCUCGUUACUAUACAGCCUGUAUAGUAUUUAUUACAAAUGACAAAGAGCCACACUGUUGAUUUUUAUUUUGUAAAUGCCUUUUAAACCCACUGUGACACUGAAGCAUUUUUAGCCAUUAGAGUAAAAUAUAAAACUGUAGAUUGUGGGUUUUUUGUUUUGGAAGUGGCCUUUAAUGUACCGUACGUCCAACAAUAAUCCAGCCUCACUCAUGUAUUUAUCUUGCUCUUGAAUAGAAAUAUUCAUGAGGCAGCUCCGUGUUCGUCGUCGGUUGAAAAACUGUGUUAAUAUCCAGCGUCUGUGGUGUCACAUUUGAGGAAACAGGAUUAUGGAAGCAUGUUAUUUAUACUAAGGGUGUUUUUUUUCUUCUCAUGUUUCAUGUCAUUACCCAGAGAUAUAUUUUUGUUAAAUGCACUGGAAUUUAUUCCUCAGUAGUCUGGUUAGGUGUUGUAUUUUUCAGUUCUCAGGAAUUUUAAUUUCUCUUAUCUUUGAAUGAAUUCAUAAAAUCUAACCCAAAGAGAAAUUUAAAAGUAGCUGUCGUCGCCAAAAUCACCUGCGCUCCAUCGUAAAGCAGUGGAAGGUAACAGCAUUGUAGUGCUUUGACAGAACAGGAAAUCCAGCUGUUGUUAGAUCUUUAGUAAAUGAAUGGAUGUAUGAGUCAGACUGUAUUAAUCUGACUGCAGUGCGUAUUGUGAAGUAACUCUUCUGAUUUUUGUGCCAUUAGAUGAACAAGUACGGAGGAGGGAAAAGUGCCUGAAACUACAGUGGCAGUGAAAUGAUUAACCAUCUUAUCAUGAGUGAUAUUUUAGCGUUGACAUUUCGUCGUCUCGCUGCUGUAGAGAUCCUUAAAUGUUGAGGUUAUUCUCUUGUUGUCGGGGAAAGAUAAUCACAGACGUCUUUCUGGACAGUGUGUACAGUCGUAGACACAACAGUGAUUCAGUUUGUCUGCAGUGGUGAAAAAUGUGUCUGUAUGGUUGGUGUCAAAUUGCUAAAUAUUCAUCGUUUUCAUACUGUAAAAUGAAUGUUUUUGAAAUAUAUUUUCAGACAUUGAAAAGA